AUGUCUUCGGCCGCGACAGAAACAUUCUCUGCGCCUGCGGAGGUGCACACCUUUGAUGGUCUCCUCUCCGACUUUGAUGGCACAAUUGUCGACUCUACAGACGCUAUCGUGAAGCACUGGCACCAAAUCGGUGCCGAGCUGGGCGUGGACCCCAAGACCAUUCUGGCCACCUCACACGGCCGUCGCAGCAUUGAUGUGAUGGGACUAUACGACAAGACCAAGGCCAACUGGGAAUACGUCACCUUUAUCGAAGGCCGCAUCCCCCAAGAAUACGGCUCCGACGCCGUCGAAAUCCCCGGCGGCCGUGACCUCCUCAGCGCUCUUGACAACUCCUCCGCUAAAUGGGGCGUCGUGACAUCCGGCACUCGCGCUCUGAUCGAUGGCUGGCUCGGUGUUCUAGGCCUCACACACCCGAAACACCUCGUCGUCGCCGAGGACGUCGAGCUGGGCAAACCCGACCCCCGCUGCUACCUGCUCGGAGCGAAGAAGAUCGGGCUGGAGAACUCGAAGAACAUCGUUGUCCUCGAGGAUGCGCCGAGUGGAAUCAAGGCUGGCAAGGCAGCGGGGUACAAGGUGAUUGCGCUGGCGACGACGCACUCUUUGGAGAAGAUCCGCGAGGCCGGGGCGGACUGGAUUGUUGAGGAUUUGCGCAGCGUCUCAGUCAAGGGCGUUGUGGAUGGUCAGGUCCAGAUUGAGAUUCGGAAUGCGCUGCAAUAG